GCUCGGCCCCGCAGCCCUUCCCAGCCCGCCGGCUGCCGGGCCAGCGCGAGCCGCGAUGCCCGCCGCCUCCUUGCUCCUGCCCCUGCUCCUGCUCUGGCUCGGGCUGGUGCCCGCGGCUCUUCCGCUGCUGGAUACAAGUACGUUUUUAAUAUAUAAUGAGGAUCACAAGCGCUGUGUAUUAGCUCAGAGUUCUAGCUCAGUGAUAACCGCCCCUUGCAAUCAGGAGAAUGAGUCCCAAAAAUUCAGGUGGGUUUCUGAUUACCAUCUUAUGAGCAUGACAUUGAAAUUAUGCUUGGGCGUACCUUCAAAGAAAGACUGGGUUCGAAUCACUCUGUAUCCUUGUGACAAGACAAGUGAACUUCAGAAAUGGGAAUGCAGAAAUGAGACACUUUUCGCAAUCCAAGGAGAAGAUUUAUUUUUCAACUAUGGCAACAAACAGGAAAAGAAUAUUAUGCUUUACAAGGGAUCAGGCCUGUGGAGUAGGUGGAAGAUCUAUGGAACCACAGAUGAUUUGUGUUCUCGGGGCUAUGAAGAUCUCUUUUCACUACUGGGCAAUGCCAAUGGAGCACCCUGUGUAUUCCCUUUCAAGUUCGAUAGCCAAUGGUACGCUGAGUGUACAGAUGAUGGAAGAUCAGAUGGCUGGCUCUGGUGUGGAACAACGUCAGACUUUGAUGUAGACAAGAUGUAUGGAUUUUGUCCACUGAAAUUUAGUGGCAGUGAUACAUUGUGGAAUAUGGAUCCUUUGACAGGAGCCCAUUACCAGAUAAACUCCCAGUCAGCACUAACAUGGCACCAGGCAAGAAAAAGCUGUCAUCAGCAGAAUGCAGAAUUAUUAAGUAUCACAGAGUUGCAUGAACAAACGUACCUGGCAGGAUUAACUGGAAGAUUGAGUGCUGCGCUCUGGUUUGGUCUUAAUAGUCUGAAUUUCAACAGUGGAUGGCAAUGGAGUGGGGGCAGUCCUUUCAGAUACUUAAACUGGGUCCCAGGAAGCCCUUCUCCAGAGCCGGGAAAAAUCUGUGCAGCAUUAAAUCCAGCAAAAGGUGCAAAAUGGGAAAACCAAGAGUGUAAUCAGAAACUUGGCUACAUUUGUAAAAGAGGAAAUGCCACUUUAGAGUCUUUCAUUAUUCCUUCAGAGACUGAUAUGCCUAUUACGUGUCCUACUCAAUGGAUGUCAUAUGCGGGUCACUGUUACCUAAUUCACAAAGACCUCAAAAUAUGGAAAGAUGCCCUAACUUUUUGUAGGAAGGAGGAUGGAGAUUUGGCGAGUAUCCAUAAUGUUGAAGAGUACAGCUUUAUUGUUUCUCAGCUUGGGUACCAGCCAAAGGAUGAGCUGUGGAUUGGACUGAAUGACAAUAAGGUUCAAAUGUAUUUUGAAUGGAGUGAUGGCAGUCCUGUGACAUACACUAAAUGGUUGCGUGGAGAACCAACCCAUGCAAAUAAUAGGCAAGAAGAUUGUGUUGUCAUGAAAGGAAAGGAUGGGUAUUGGGCAGAUCAUGCAUGUGAAAAAAAACUUGGAUACAUUUGUAAAAGGAAACCUUUGGGAGAAGCUCCAAAGGAAGAGGAGAUUGUUGAAGAAGGCUGCCAGAGAGGCUGGAAAAGACAUGGUUUUUAUUGUUACCUGAUUGGAAGUACAUUUGCAUCGUUUCCUGAAGCUAAUCAGACCUGUGGAAGAAACCAGGCUAACCUAGCUAGUGUUGAAGACAGAUAUGAACAAGCCUAUCUGACUAGUCUGAUUGGGUUGAGGCCUGAAAAAUAUUUUUGGAUUGGCCUUUCAGAUAUACAAGAAAAAGGGACUUUCAAGUGGACAAGUGGUGAAUCUGUCUUAUUCACCCACUGGAAUUCAGAAAUGCCUGGAAGAAAGCCUGGUUGUGUUGCUAUGAGAACUGGAAUUGCAGGUGGAUUAUGGGAUGUUAUAAAAUGUGAAGAAAAGGCAAAAUUUCUCUGCAAACAGUGGGCUGAGGGAGUGACACCUCCACCUGUACCUACAACAACUCCUGUCCCCACGUGCCCUGGUGGUUGGGAUUCAAAUAAUCGCAUCAGCUUCUGUUUCAAACCUUAUUCAAGAGAACAAAAGAAAACUUGGUUUGAAUCUCAAGAUUUUUGUAGAGCUAUAGGAGGAGAUCUGGCCACGGUUAAUGGUAAAGAAGAACAGUAUGCAAUAUGGCGCUCUAUAGCAAACAGUGGAUUGUAUCAUCAAAAUUUCUGGAUUGGUUUAUUUUACUUGAAUCCUGAUGAUGGAUUUUCCUGGAGUGAUGGUUUUCCAGUAAGGUAUGAAAACUGGGCCUUUGGAGAGCCAAAUAAUUAUCAAGGAGUUGAACUUUGUGUGGAGCUUACUGGAGAUUCUAGCAUGCUAUGGAAUGACAGGCACUGUGAUUAUUUACAUGCCUGGAUUUGUCAAAUAAAAAAAGGAGCAACAGUAAAACCUGAACCAACGGAAUCUCCUGCUCCCAAAUAUAAGAUUACUAGUGAUGGAUGGAUUAUAAAUAAAGACAAGCAGUACUAUUUCAGCACGGACAGUGUUCCUAUGGAAAAAGGUCGGGAAUUCUGCAAGAAGAAUUUUGGUGAUCUUGCUGUCAUUGAUGAUGAAACUGAAAGGAAGUUUCUGUGGCGAUAUAUCUUGAAAAAUGGCAAAGAGGAUGCAUAUUUCAUUGGAUUACAACUGAGUGUUGAUCAACGAGCUAGCUGGAUGGAUGGAACCCCAGUGAAUUUUUUAGCUUGGGCACCACACGAGCCCAACUUUGCAAACAAUGAUGAAAACUGCGUAGUUAUAUAUAAAAACUUAGGAUUUUGGAAUGAUAUAAACUGUGGAUAUCCAAAUCCUUAUGUAUGUGAAAGAUACAACAGUUCCAUUAAUGUGACUGUUCCUCCAACACAUUAUCCUAUGGCAGGAUGUCAAGAAAAUUGGCUUUUGUAUAAGAAUAAGUGUUAUAGAAUAUUUGGCUCUAAAGAAGAUGAGCGUAAAAGCUGGCAUGCUGCGAGGAAAGUUUGCAUGGAUUUAGGAGGAAAUCUGGCUACCAUACUUAAUGGAGAAGUGCAAGCUUUCCUCAUCUUUCAUUUAAAGGAUUCUGUAACUGACACAUGGAUUGGUUUAAAUGAUAUAAACCAUGAACUCAGGUUCCUUUGGACUGAUGGAAGUGGAGUAUACUAUACAAACUGGGCGAAUGGCUUUCCAUCUGGACAGGCGGAUUUAUACUCAUAUGAUAGCCAGGCUGACUGUGUUGUCAUGAGAAAUAAACCUAUAAAGGAGGCUGGGAAAUGGGUGGAUGAAAGCUGUGACAACAACAGAGGCUAUAUAUGCCAAACUAAUGCAGACCCUAAGUUGUCCCCUUCACCAACAACACUGCCACCAAAAUUUGUCCUUUUUGGUAACAGCAGUUAUGCCUUGAUCCAUUCACCAAUGAAAUGGGAGGAUGCCCGAAAAUCCUGUAGAAGUAAUCUCUCAGACCUUGCCAGCAUCUUGGAUCCAUACAGUCAUUCGUAUCUGUGGCUACAGAUAUUAAAGUAUGGGCAACCUAUAUGGAUUGGUCUUAAUAGCAAUAUGACAGAAGGCCAUUAUGAAUGGAUUGAUAACUGGAAAAUGAAGUAUACUAAGUGGGCAGAAGGGGAGCCAAAGCAAAAAAUAGCUUGUGUCUAUUUGGAUCUUGAUGGAGCCUGGAAGACAGGAUUUUGUAAUGAAAGCUACUUCUUUGUAUGUAAAAGGUCUAAUGUGAAGGCCCCCACUGAUCCUCCACAACUCCCAGGAACGUGUCCUGAAACAGCAGAACGUCGAUCUUGGAUCCCAUUCCGCGGCCAUUGUUACUACUUUGAAUCAUCACUUACUCGAAACUGGGCCCAGGCCUCCUUAGAAUGUCUCCGAUUAGGUGCUGCUUUAGUUUCAGUAGAAGAUUCAGCUGAAGUUGACUUUCUGGCACACAACAUAGAGCCUCUUGAAAGAAAAUCAUCAACUUUUUGGACAGGAAUGUACAGGAAUGUGGAUGGUCAGUGGUUGUGGUUAGACAACACUGCAGUGGAUUUUGUCAACUGGAAUGUAGGAGAACCUUCAAGCCAACAAAAUGAGCACUGUGUUGAAAUGUAUGCAAACUCUGGGCUCUGGAAUAAUAUUUAUUGCUCUUCCUAUAAAGGAUACAUUUGUAAAAGAUCCAAAAUUGUUGAAAUGAAAGCAACAGAGAAGCCACCAGACCAAAAGGCAGUAAAAAAAGGGAACAACACGAGGAAUGAGGUUCAUGCACCUUCCCACAACUCUACUGGGAUUGUAGCUAUUGUGGUGAUCCUUAUCCUAUUAGGAGCUGGCCUUGCAGGCUAUUUCUUUUACAGGAAGAGAAACAACCACUCAUCAACAAAUGACAGCUUUGAGAACAACUUGUAUUUUAAUAGUGAAACGGUUCCUGGAACUAGUGACACAAAGGACCUUGUGACCAAUAUUGAACAGAAUGAACAUGCUGCUCUUUAGUGUAAUAAAAUAAAGAUGUGCCUUGUUUUAAUAAAGCUAUGCAACUGGAAUUAAGCCAAAGCUAUUUUCUUGUGAGCAAAUGCUAUAGUAGUCAGGUUUUUUGGCUGUUUAUUCUUUUUACAUGUUAGCAUCUGCAGUUACUUUGUUUCAUAAUCAUGUUAUAUUUGUGUAAAAUUCCAGAUGUAGCCAAACAAAAGCGGGUCUUGUGAAAAGAUAAAGUGCUGCUGAAUUAUUAAAUGGAACAAGCAGAUGUACUUAAGAGAAUUUAAAAUGUAUAUGUGGCCAAUGAGAGUAAGACUUCAAGAUUUUACCAGACCUGUAUCAGCCACCAGACAUAUAUAACCAUCAGCCAUAAAGUCUGUCCAGCCCAUGCUAUUCAAAAUUGCUCUGUAAAGAACCUGCCUGUUUCUAAUAUCUUGCAAAUAUUCCUGGAAACCUCA